UCCAAGAAAGAAAAUACUUCUUCUGUACUUCCAUUGUCCUUCUUCUUCUUCUUCUUCUUCUUCCAUAAUUUUCACAAUCUCACAUCACCAUGUUGAUCAUUGAUAUGGAUCCUUUCGAACCUUUCUCCGACAUCGUUUCAAUAAUGCAUAGAUUCGAUUACUUUGCAUAUUUUCAUUGUAAUCCCAACAUGUUCUCAAUCUUUAUCCGUGAAUCUACCCCUCCUUCUAUUAUUACCUUGACGAUGUUACCCCAAUUCUUUACUCGUUUCUUUUGUGAUCAAAACCAUUACGCUCAAUUCUCCAUGGAUGGAUUUUAUUCCCAACUCGUGCUCCACAAGCGACUUGGCUAUGAAUCCCUCAUUUUUGGUCUUGCUGAGUUCCGCUUCCAUAUGGCCUUGGAGUUUCAUUCUUCUAGUUUUGUACAUCCUUCUCCACAAUUGUUACGAACAUGGCAACCAUCUUAUCAUUACGAGUUUCCAGGAAAAAUCGGUUAUGGACCAUUUGUGUCUCUUGAAUUACAUGAUUUUCGAAAUGUUGUACUAAUCUUUGAUAAUACUAAAACCCAUGUUCCAUUUAGGGUUACCAUUUCAGAAUUCAAGUUCUUUCUUCCUGAUAAGGAGAUUAUUUUCACUAAUGAGAGGGAUGGAUGUAUAAUUGGAGGUAUUAGAGAAGGGGAAGAAUGGAGAGGUGCAAUGUGUUUAAAUCCAAUAGAAGGUUACUUUAAUUUCACAUCAAAAAGAUUAUGGUUAUUUGAAAGUUAUGAUCCAAUUGGUGUCACACUUGUUGCUCCUUUUGGAUUAUAUGUUAAUAUUUCUACAUUUUUUCCCCAAAUUUUAGUUUGAUAUCAUCUCUACGAACCAUUGAUAUUCUCUCUACCUAUUAAAAUUUCCUUAAUAAAUAAAAGAAAAUUAAUCCUCUUAUAAAAGGAUAUUAUUUCUA